AUGGGCUGCGGGCCGUGGGCGCUGCUGGCGCUGCUGUGCGGGGCGGCGGGGGCGGCGGCCCCCCUGCGCUGCAAUGUGAGCCUGGACAGCCCUGCCGAGCAGCGCUGGCUGCCCGUGCUGCGGCACUUCGAGCCCGCCUUCCUGCGCGCCGCUGUCCGCCGGAUCAUCGACGAGAGGGUGCCCGGAUGGGUUCACCAGGUCAUCCAGCCCAUAGCCGCACAGCUGGAGGCGUUCAUGCCGCAGCCCUUCGCGGGAGAGAUUGCGGGGAUGUGCAAAGCGCUGGGAGUGGAUCUCGGGGAUGGACUCCUGCUGAACUUCGCCUACGAAUCCACCGCGUUCUGUACCAGCAUUGUGGCUCAGGAUGACAAAGGGAACAUUUACCACGGUCGGAACCUGGAUUAUGACUAUGUCGAUAUAUUGAGCAAGAUCACAGUGGAUGUGCAGUUUCUAAAGGGUGGCCAGGUUGCGUACCAAGGCACCACAUUUCUUGGUUAUGUGGGCUUAUGGACUGGGCAAAGUCCACACAAGUUCACCAUCUCUGGAAAUGAACGAGAAGGUGGUAGCUGGUGGGAAAAUGCUAUAGCUGCUUUCCUCAACAGGAAUUACCCUGUCAGCUGGCUUGUGCGAGAUACCCUGAGCGAAGCACGGGACUUCCAGGCUGCUGUUCUCAGACUGGCUAGCAUUCCCAUCAUUGCUGAAGUUUACUAUAUUGUGGGAGGUGUCUCACCCAAAGAAGGCAUGGUCAUCACGAGGAAUAGAAGAGGGCCAGCUGAUCUCUGGCCUCUUGAUCCCUUACAGGGAGAGUGGUUUCGUGUGGAGACCAACUAUGACCAUUGGACUACCCCUCCCCCUUGUGAUGAUCGCAGAACUGCAGCCAUCAAAGCUCUCAAUGCUACUGGACAGCACAACAUCAACUUUGACACACUCUUCAAGGUGUUGUCAGUGAAGCCAGUCUUGAACAAUAACACAGUGUACACCACAGUGAUGAGUGCUGCGUUCCCAGACCGGUACCAGACGUGGAUGAGAACUGAGGAGUGAGGAGGUGCAAGUGGCAGAGGUAGUGAGAAGCUGAAGCUGUGCAAGACUAACAUGCUUUUAAAGUCACUCCUGGGAGCAAUACAGUGGCUUUGAUUUGUGAAUGAUGUGAACCAUUCAGGAACCAGUGAAUUGUUAACUCUUCAAGUGUUGCACCUGAUCCUGUUAUUGACCUGUAAUGCAAGUUGGAAUUUUCUAGUAUAUGUUGCUGGGUAAAAAUGGCUUGUAUUACUUUUGGUAAGAUUUGUGCAACUGCAAUGUACUUCUGUGCUGACUAAUAAAUACAUUUUGUAAUUUA